GAAAAACUGGAGGUGCUGAAGUCAAUCUAUGAUGUCUUUCAUUAUAAGUAUGGAGAAGAUGGCAGCCAGAAGUCCUUCAUUGUUGAGAUUUCCUGGCCAAGCAGCUAUCCCGAGGAACUGCCCGUCAUUAACAUGGAACUUUUUUACAACAAACACGUUGGUGACCUUCUCGGUAUGUUCAUGACUUUCUCAUUAUUUGAAUGGGUCAAAGACAAUCUGGACAGCUUUCUCUCUGAUCAACCGGAGACACUAGUGCAGCCAUCUACGUGUAAGAAGGAAAGGAAGGAACAGCUGACAAAAUCUCAGAAGAGGCAGAUUUUUGAUCGGUUUGGUGCCACCACUGACCGGCCUCGAGGUUGGAACUGGAUUGAUAUCAUGAAACAUCUUGCACAGUCAGGUGGGCAGAAAAUAGAAUAG